AAGGAGGAGGGAAGGUGGUGUAUGGGGGGGAGGAGGAGGGUGGGAGUGAGGUGGAGAGUGGGAGUGAGAUGGGGAGUGGGAGUGAGAGGGGUGGUGCUAGCAGGGGGGAUAUGAGAGGGCGGAAUGGGAGAGGCGGAAGGGUGGGGGAGGGUUCGGAAGGGGAGGGGGAGGAGGAUGAUAUGUCGAUGAGUGAUGGGGAGGAAAAGCAGAUGGGUGUAGGAAGGGAGGGAAGGGAGGGGUCUGGGGAUUGGACAGAGGAUGAGAAGAUGAGGGAGGGGGAGGAAGGGUUGAGUGGGAGUGAUGUUGAGGGGGGAGUGGGGGGAGGGCGGGUGGGGGUUGGGGGGAUGAAGGUUGGGGAAAGGCAAGGGAGAGGAAUGGGUGAGUUAGGAGGAGAAAGGGGAGACUCGGAUCAAGGCUCGUUUGAUGAUGAUGAUGAUGAUGAUGAUGAUGAUGAUGAUGAUGAUGAUAUUCCCUUGGCCGAACCUGGAAGGGAGUAUCAUUCAGGGUCGGAAGAAAAUGAGGAGGGGGAAGGGGAGGAGGAUGAGGAUGGGGCGCGGGGAGACACGGGCAGUGUGAUUAUACACGAUGGUAUGAGCGCCGCUGGCUCGGCCCGAGGCUCCUUCCGAGGCUCGCUUGCUGACUCGGGGUCUUUCCGAGGCUCCGUCGGAGGUUCGGCACGGAGCGGGGUUGGCGCGUACCCGGGUCCAGGCAUGGGGUUUUCGGAGCAGGAGGAGGGGGUUUUCGAUGAUGAUGAUGAUGAUGACGAUGAUGAUGACGAGGAUAUUCCGCUUGCCGAAGCUGGAGGUUCGGGAGACUACGGGUCAGGUUCGGAUAGCGAUGUGGUGCCGAUUGCGCAGCCGGGACGAGCUCCGGACCUGGAUGGGGAAGGCUUGGGGGAUUCCCAAGGAGAAGAAGAUUCGUUCGGGGAGGGGGAUUCCCAAGGGAUGAAUUCCCAAGAUGAGGGCUCUCAAGAGGGAGAUUUUCAAGAGGGGGAUUCGCAAGGGGAGAGUGAUUCUCAGGACGACGCUGGUUUGCCAGAAGAGGCUGGGUCUGUUACUCCUGACAGUCUAUCAGGGUCCGGUGAAGAGAUAGAGGAGGAUGAUGAGGAUGAGGAUGAUGACGAUGAUGAUGAUGACGAUAUUCCUAUAGCCAUGGUGAACCUGUCAAGCCAAAGCAUUAACAGCAGCUUUGGCAGUUUGGGGGGCAGUGGCGGUGCUGGUGGUGGUGCGGGUGGGAGCGGGAAGCACGAUUUGCCGCACAUCCCAGCGGCAAUCAAGGCUUUAAGAUCGCAGCAUUUCGAUGUUCCCCACAAGCCGCUUACAGGGUCCGGUGGGCUGGGUAGUCCGAGAGUUGCCGCCCUCAGCCGCCCGGGCGCAGCCGGUUUCAUCCGUCCGAUGCCGCCCGCCGCCGGCCGCGUCAACUCGUUCUCCGUCUUUUCCGAGCCGCCCCAGAAGCUACCGACCAACCGGGUAAACUCGUUCUCUGGACACCGUUUGCAGGGUGACGGUGUGCCUCUAACCCCGACCCCUCCGCCUCACCCGCACCCUCACAUGUCGGAGCGAGACCGGCUACUAGCCGCACGAGUUAACUCGUUUCAAAUGCGAGCGGUUAGCAGCAGCCCCCGGGCAGCAGCAACAGCGAACAGAGUCAAUUCCUUCUCGCAUCCGGCUAGUGGAUUGGCAUCCCCCCAUGCUAUGGCAGCAGGGCGGGUAAAUUCGUUUAAUGUGGACGCAAGGCCUGGGACAGGGGGUGGGUUCCCCUCGUCUCCUCUCGCCAACCGGGUGAAUUCGUUUAAUGUGGAUGCAAGGGGUGGGAGUGGGAGUGCGUUUGCAGCUUCGCCGCUUGCGAAUCGGGUGCCUUCACGCGAUUCGUUUGGGGAAGGGGAAAUGGAAGAUGAGGAAGAGGAGGAUGAUGAGGAUGAGGAGGAGGGGGAGGAAGAGGAGAAGAGAGGCACGGGUGUGGGUUAUAGGGAUGGGGAUAAGGGGAGUGGCGGAAGUAGCAGGAGUGGCAGCGAGAGGAGCGAGGAGGAGGAGGAGGAGGGUGAUGCUUCAUCAGCAGCAACGGAGGAAAGGGAGGGGAGCAGUGAGGGGGAGGAGAUGAGCGGGGAAGGGGAGAGAGACGGGGAGGAGGAGGGGAUGGGGAGAGAAAGAGGGAGGUUUGGGAAAGAGGGGGGAGAGAGUGGGAGUGCGAGUGGGAGUGAGAGUGAAGGGGAGAAUCGCAGUGAGGGCCAGAGCAGGAGUGGGAGCGAGAGGGAGAGUGGAAGUGACAGGUCUUUAUCAGACAACGAGGGUUAUGGGGAAGAAAGAUUGGAUUCUGCUUCUGCUGGUGCUGAUUCUGUCGGUGUGGGCAGGGGGCGGGGGAGGGGGAGGGGGAGAGGGAGGGGGGUAGAGGGGGGGGGUGGGCGGGAAGGCAGGGGGAGGGGACGCGGGCGGGGCGUGGGGAGGGGGAGGGGGAGGGGGGUAACCCCCGCUGGUGACGAUGGGGAAGGGGAGAGUGGAGGGGAGGAGGCAGGGGAAGGGGUGGGUAGAGGGAGGGGGAGGGGGAGAGGGAGGGGGCGGGGGAGAGGGUUGGAGGGAGAAAGCGGGGGAGUUGUGGGGAGAGGCAGGGGAAGGGGGCGGGGGAGAGGGGAGGGGGUGGAGGGGCGGGGAAGAGGACGGGGGGAAGGGAUGGAGGGGAGGGGUCGGGGGGAAGGGGCGGAGGGGCGAGGGAGGGGGAGGGGGAGGGCGGGAGAAGGGGGGGUGAUGGGCGGCCGGGGGCUUACAGGCAGAGGUCUGGGGAGAGGUGGGAGGGGGAGAGGAAUAGGACGGGGUGGAAGAGGGGCCGACGGGGAAUUAACCCUAGAAACAACUUCACCAGGAGCAGGAGGAGCAGGAGGAGGAGCAGUAGGAGCAGGAGGAACAGUAGGAGCAGGAGGAGUAGGGAGGGGGCGCGGGCGAGGGGUAGGAAGGGGCGUGACAGGGCGUGCAUUCACACACACAGACAGUGACCCGGGCCUAGACCGCGUGCCUGGAGGAUCAAUGGAAAUCGAUGACGCCUUAGCCCAGUACGGCCGCGCGCCGACCCUCCCCAUAAUGAGACAAGCCAAUGCCAGCCCAACGAAGCAUGCGCCGCCGCCCCUGCCGGUUGCUCCGUCCCCUAGUGGCAGUGUGGGCGGUGCCAGGGGCGGGUCUAGCUUCCUCAGAUCUACCUCCACCGGGUCUGCCUCCCCUGGGUCUGCUGGUCCUUCUCCUGCCGCCUCUCCUGCUGCAUUUGCUGGCGCAGCAGCAGCAGCGGCAGUGGGGUUAGUGGGGGUAGUGGCGGGAGUGUCAAUGUCUCCUAGGCCGUUUCCGCCUACGAGGGAUAGAAGGAGCGAGUCCGGAGGGGGGAGCGGGGGAGCAGGGUUAGGAACGGUGGUGGAGGAGGGGGCUGAAAGGGGAGUGGAGAUGUGGAGGGGUGAGGACGGGGCAGGGGCAGGGGCAGGAGGAGGGAGUGUGGGAGUGGGAGAGGAGGGGCCGAAGCGAGUGAGUGUGGGGGUGGGAGAGGAGGUGUUAGUUCCCCUUGUGCCUACACCCCCUGGAGGAGCAAAGAAGAGCCCGUGGGGGAGCUUUGGACGAAGGAGCUUCAAGAGGGUUAGCAGCAGGCAGGAGGCUGAUGUAGAGGCGGAGGAAGAUGGGGGAGGGGGAGGAGGGGGCGGGGCGGUGAGGGGAGGGGGUAUGGGUGUGACUGGAGCGGGUGUGAUUACAGGCAUGGGUGCUGUUGCUGCGGCUGCUGUUGCUGCUGUGGGAGCCGCGGGGUUUGAGGAGAAAGAAGAGGAUGAGGGAAUCGGGAAGAGAGAGGUGGGAGGAGACGUGGGAGGAGAAGUGGGAGGAGGAGAAAUGGGAAACAGGGAUGUAAUGGCAGCUGCAGCUGUGGUUGAUUCGAGCGAUAGUGAUGAUGAGGAGAGAAGGGAGAGGAUGGAAGACGAGGAGGAGCAUGGGGAUGAGAGGAGUGUGAGUGGAGGGGAGAGUGAGGGGUCCGGAGUGGGCGGCAAGAGGAAGCUGGGAGAAAGAUUUGGGCGGCUGCCCGGAUCGCCCGGGCAGUUUGGGGCAGGUGACUUGGAUGAGGAGGUUGGUGCGUCCCCGUCUCGCCGGACCAAGCUGCACGAUGGUUCGGCAGCAGAUCAGUGGCAGCUUCGGAAGCAUGGCCAGGUUGGGGAUGCAGGUCUGGUUACAGGCUCGGCAGCAGGCUCGGCAGCAGAGUCGGUGGAAGCAGCACCUUUGCAGAGCUUCGGAAGCGUUGACAUGACAAUGAGGGAGGCUGGGAGAGACGAGGAGAGAGUGAAGCAGGAAAGGGAGGGGGAGGAGGAGGGUGUUGGAGAGGAGGGAGGGGACUCUGGUUCGGAAGCCGGGGCUGGUUCUGGUUCGGAAGUUUCAGGUCCGGAGGAAGGUGAGAAGGGUGAAGAGGUAGGGGAGGGUGGGGAGGGAGAAGAGGGAGGGAUGGAAGUUUCUGGUAUAGAUCGGGAGAAAGUUGGGGGAGAGGAUGAGAGGGAGGAAGGGAGUGUGAGAGGGAGUGAGGAGGGAAGUGAGCAAGGGAGUGAGAGACGGAGUGAGAUGCACAGCGAAUCCGAACAAGAGUCUGACCACAGGUCAGAAGGCUCGGCAGGAGGCCUGAAUCAUCACAGGCGAGGCUCGGGCGACUGGACUAGUUCGGAACGAGGCUCGGAGCGAGGCUCGGGACGCUGGUCUGGUUCGGAAUAUGAUCAAGAGUAUGAUGGGGAGGGGAGGCCUAUAAGCCGAGAUGGUAGGAGGCCGAUAACUAGAGAUGGGAGACCUGAUAGCCGGGAUGGGAGGCCUGACGAAUAUGAUGAGGAGGGAAGACCGAUAAGUAGGGAUGGGAGGCCUGAUAGCAGUUACGGGAGGGAUGGGGAUUAUGAUGAGGAGGGAAGACCGAUAAGCAGAGAUGGGAGGCCUGAUAGCCGGGAUGGGAGGUGGAGAAGGGGAGAGGAGAGGUGGGAGAGGUACAGUGGUAGUGAGGAUGGGAGUGAGCAGAGGAGUGAGAGGGGCGAGGAGGAAAGGAGUGAGAGGGGGAGUGGUGAGGAAGGAGGCGAGUUGAGUGGGGAGGAGGGGGAGAUAGAGGAGAGGGCAGACCAAGAGUGGAAGGAAUGGGCAGCAAAGAGGGAAUCUGAUGAGGAGAGGGGUUCAGAUGAGGAGAGAGGAUUGGAAGAUGGGAGGGGCUCAGAUGAGGAGAGAGGUUCGGAUGAGGAUAGGGAGAGUGAAAGGGGUUCGGAAGAUGGAAGGGGGUCGGAGGAUGAAAGGGAGGUCAAGUUUGCAGCGGCAGCAGAGGAGGCGGGAGGUUCGGAAGAGGAAGGGGAUGGGGAGCAGCGGAGGGGGUUGAGUGCGGUUGAGAGGGAGGAUGGGGAGGAAGGCGAGGAGGGGAAGCGGAGCGAGGAGAGCAAGAGGAUGGGGCUGAUGGGGGGCCUGAGUGGCCGAUUAGGUUCAGGUCUGGUGGGAGGCCUGAGUGGCCGAUUGGGUUCAGGUCUGGUUGGCCGAAGAGGGUCAGGACUGGUGGUGGAUGUGGGUAGGCCUAAUGAUGAAACAGAGGGGGAGGAUGAGGAGGGAGAUGGGAGGGAUAGCGUGCAUAGUGACGACCAUAGUGAGCAUCGGGAGCAUGAGGAGUGGUCAGGUUCGGACAGAGGCUCGGCGGAAGGUUCGGAGGGUCGCAGGCUUGGCAGUGACCGUGGUUCGGCGGGUGUUUUGACUCCAGAGCUUACACCCCAGGGGAGCUGGAGGGGUGAUGACGUCACCCCCCUGGGUAGUUUCAGGGGUGAUGACGCGUUAACUCCCCUGGGCAGCUGGGGGGGCGAAGGGGAACUUACCCCCGUUUGGAGGGGUAAAGGGGAGAUUACCCCUCAAGGAAGCGGGGACUGGAGAGAAGAGGCAGAGAGGGGUAGGGAGAGGGAGGAAGAGGGGGAGGGGGUUUUGACACCUGUGCUAACCCCCCAGGGCAGUUGGAGGGGCGAAAUGUCAGGGAGCGAGAGAGGGGAAGGGUCGGAAGGGGAAGGGUCUGUUUUUGAGGUGCCUCAGAGGGAGGGGGAUUUAACACCUGAUCUAUCACCCCAGGGAAGCUGGAGAGACGAGGGGGAGAGAGAGGUGAUUUUGACUCCUGAGAUAUCGCCACAGGGAAGCUGGAAAGACGAGGGGGAGAGAGAGGUGAUUUUGACACCUGAGUUAUCGCCACAGGGAAGCUGGAGAGACGAGGGGGAGAGAGAGGUGAUUUUGACUCCUGAGUUAUCGCCACAGGGAAGCUGGAGAGACGAGGGGGAGAGAGAGGUGAUUUUGACUCCUGAGUUAUCGCCACAGGGGAGUUGGAAAGAGGAGGGGGAAAGGGAAGGGGUUUUGACACCUGAUUUAUCGCCACAGGGAAGUUGGAAAGAGGAGGGGGAGAGGGAGGGGGUUUUGACUCCUGAGUUAUCGCCACAGGGAAGUUGGAAAGAGAAGGGGGAGAGGGAGGGGAUUUUGACACCUGAAUUGUCGCCGCAGGGGAGUUGGAGAGGGGAGUUUUCAGGGAGUGGGAGGAGAGAAGGGUGGGAUGGGUUGGAGGGGGAGAGGGAGGGGAGGUACGAGGAUGAGAGGGGGAGUGAGGAGGGAAGUGAGAGAGGGAGUGUGGUGUCUAGAGGUGGAGAAGAAGAGGAGGAGAGGGAGAGGCAGUGGGAGAGUCUGAGGGAGGACGGUGGUGAUGUUGGGGGUGGGGGUAUGAGUGAGAGCGAUGGGAGUGAUAGUGAUGCCAAUGCUGGAGCUGGGGGUAUGAGCGAGAGCGAUGGGACCACUUUUGAGACGUCUCAAAAGGACCAAAGGGACGGUGGUGAUGAUGGGAGUGAUAGUGAUGACGAUGUUGCUGUUGCUGUGGCCGCCUCUUCUGCUGUGGCCGCCGUUUCUGCUGGCCUUGUUGGGGUGGGGCUGGCAGUGGGAGCUUCUCUAGGAGCGGAUGGAGAGGGAGUGUAUCCUGUGCAAGGCGAUGCGUCAGUUGCUCUUAUCGAGUCUGCUUUUGACGAGAAUGAGCUUGGGAAGCAGGAGAGGGAGGAGCAGGAGGAGAGGGAGGGGCAGGAGGAGGAGAGGGGUGAUAGGGAGCUUCAGGAGAGAGAGUUAAAGGAGGGGCGUGAGGAGGAUGAGGAGGUUGGUGGGGAGGAGUCCGGUAGUGAGCGGGAUUGGGAGAAGGAGAAAGGGGAGGAGGAAAGGGAGGAAGAGAGGAGGGCAGAGGCAGUGAAGGGUGGUGUUAUGGUGGGGGGAAGUGAGGGAGAGGAGAGUGAGAGGGAGGCGAGUGAGGGGGAAGAGGAUAAGGGAGAGGGGAGUGAGAGGGAGGGAAGUGAGAGGGAGGAGAGCGAGGAGGAAGAUAGUGAGGGGGGGGUGGGGAGGGAGAGGCGACACAGGUACCAUCAGAACCAGAUGGUUGAAGAUGAGGAGGAGGAGGAAGAGGAGGAGGAGCACAGAGAAGGGGAUUAUAAGGAGGAGCGUUAUAAAGAGUACAGGGAUGAUAGAGAGGAGUAUGAGAAUAAUGAGGAGGGCAGGUUAAUUGAUGAUGAUAAGCGGAGUGAUGUGUCGAGGGACAGUGGAGAAGGGCUGUUUGAGAAUAGGCCGAGGGAUGGAGAGGAGAGUGAGGGGGAGGGUGAGGGGGAGGUUGAAGGGGAGGAGAGUAGGAGGGAGGAGAGUGAGAGGGAGGAGAGUGAGGGUGAUGAGAUGGAUGUGGGUGAAGAGAGUGAGAGACAAGGAGGUGGAGGGAUGGAGAGGGAGGAGGAGGAGAUGGAGGAGAUGGACGAGAGAGAGGAGAGGGAUUCUGGGAAGGAGAGGGAUUAUAUGGAGGAGGGUCAAGAGAGGGAAGAUCUUAAGAGUGAGGAGAGUGAGGGAGAAGGGGAGGAACGGAGUGUGGCGAAAGGAGAAGGGGAGGAGGUGGAAGAGGAGGAAGAAGAGGAGGAGGUGGAAGAGGAAGAAAGGGGCAGGGCGACAGACAGUGAUGAAGAGAAGGACGAGGAGGAGGUUGCGACUGGACAGGCUGAUCUUGGGGAGGUGUUAUCUGUGAAACGGGAGGAGGGUGCGGCGGAAUCAGGCAUUGACAAUGAAGGGGAGGUGGUAUCUGCGAAGGAAGAUGAGGAGGAUUUGGAGGAGGGGCGCUUGGCUGAUGGUAGGAUUUCGGAACGGGUGUCAGAGGCAGGUGGUUCUGAGGAAGGUAGAUCUGAGGAUGGGGAAGGGAGGUCUGAGGACUGGGAAGGUAGAUCUGAGGAUGAGGAAAAUAAAUCUGAAGAUGGGGAAGGUAGAUCUGAAGAUGGGGAGGGUAGGUUUGAUGAGGAAGGAGAAAAAGCUUGGCAGGGAGAAGGAGAGAGAGUACUGGGAGAAGAGGAGAGGUUAGACGGAGAGGAGGAGAGAGUGAGGGAGGAAGGAGAGAGUGGGGAGGAGAUGGAGGAUAUUGAUAGUGAGGGAGGGGAGGAGAGCAGUGAGGGUGAGUGGGAAGGAAGAGGGGAAGAGUGGGAGGAGGACGAGGAGGAAAGGGAGGCGUUAGCUGCUGUUUCAGCAGCUUCGGCAGCAGCAGCUUCGGCAGCAGGUUUGGCAGCAGCGGUGGCUGCUGCUAAGGCAGCAGCGGGAAGGCACGGGGAUGGGGAUGGGGAUAGGAGAGAUGAGGAGGAGGAGGAGAGGGAGGGAGAAGUGGGGGAGGAAGUGGGUGGCAGUGCGACAGAAUGGGCUCUAUCUGAAGGGGAGGAGGAGGAGAAGGAGGAGGAGGAGGAUGAGGAUGAGGAGGAGAUAGAGAUGGAGGAGCGAGAGAGGGAGGAUGUGGAGAGUGAAGGGGAGAGCGUGAAUAAUGAAGUGGAAGAACAAGAGGAAGAAGUGGAGGAAGGAGGAGGAGGGGAAGAGGAUGAGGUUGUUUUCUCUGUGACCCAGGGGAAAGAGAUGAGUGAUUCAGAAGCACAGGAAGCAGAGGGAGCAGAAGGAGCAGAAGGAGCAGAGGGAGCAGGGGAAGCAGAGGGAGCAGAGGGAGCAGAUUUAGAAGCUGAUUCCCCUGUGGCCAUCGCGCUCACUGCUCGCUCCCCCCGCAGUGCCAGCUCCGCUGCUGCUGGUGCUGCUGCUGCCGCCGCCGCCGCCGCCGCCGCUGUCGCCGCUGCUCCUGAUGCUGCUGGUGCUGGUGGUGUUGGUGAGGGUGCUGCUGCUGCUGCUGACGAUGCCUCUCUGGCGCUCUCCCCGCGCCACCCCCCUCCCCCCCCGCCCCAGCGCCCCCCCCUUCUUUCCCCCAUUUCCCCCCGGGCACGCUUGGCCACGUAUCGUGUGGCUGGGGAGGGGUUUGGGUUUGGUGUGGGGUGGAGUGGGGAGGGCGGAGAGGAGGGGAGGAAGGGCGGGUGGGCUGCUGGUGAGAAGGUGGAGGAGGAGGGUGAGGAGGGAGAGGAGAGGGAGGAGAGGGGCGAGAGGGAGGGUGAUGAUGAGGAGGUGAGGGAGGAGAUGGGGGAUGCGGAGGAGAAGGAGGAGAGGGAGGAGAGAGAGGAGAGGGAGGAGAGAAAGGAUGGGAUGGAGAGCGACGAGGAGAGCGAGGAGGGCGAGGAGGUGGAGGAGGAAGGAGACGAGGUGAGGGAAGGGAAAGGAGUAGAAGGAGAGGUGGAAGGGGAGGAAUGGAUUGGAGAUGGCAGGUCGGAUGAGGGGAUGGAAACGAUGGUGGAGAGGGAGAGUGAGAUGAAGGAGAGUGAAAGAGGAGAGAGUGAGGGGGGGGGAAGUGACAGAGGAGAGAGUGAGAGAGAUGAGAGCGAGAGAGAUGAGGACAAAUUGGGAGAGAGUGAUAAAGAGGAGAGCGAGGGGAGAAGGGGAGAAGAGGCAGCAGACAGCACUGCAGGUAUGGAGGAGGAAGGUCUCAGUGAGAAGGAGGGGGAGGAAGGGGAGAAAGAGGAGGAAGGUCACAGUGAGGAGGCGGAGGAAGGGGAGGAAGAGGAGGAAGGGGAGGAAGGGAGUGUGGAGGAGCGUGAAUCAGGCGAUGAUGCAAGAUCAGAAAGGGGCUCAGAGGAAGGAGGGGAUUCGGCCGCUGCUGCCACUGCUGCCGUUGCCGUGGCUGCUACUGCUGCCGUUGCAGGUGCUGCUGCCGCUGCCGCUGCUGUCUUGGAUGGUGCUGGUUCUGAGAGAGAUGACAGGGAGGAGGAGGAGGAGGAGGAGGAUGAGGAGGAGGAUGAGGAGGAGGAGGAGGAAGAGGCGAGAUCAGAGGAAGGGUCAGAGGUAGCACUAGAUUCGACUGCCGCUGCUGCCACUGCCUUUGCUGUCUUGGAUGAUGGUGGGUCUGAGAGAGAUGAACGGGAGGAGGAGGAUGAGGAGGAGGAUGAGUACAGAGAGAAAGAGAGGUAUGGAGAGAGGAAGGAGGGUGAAAGCGAGGGAGAAGUGGGAGAGGAGGAAGAGGAAGAGAGAGCAGAGGAGGAGGAAGAUGAGGAGGAGGACGGUCAAUCAGAUUCUCCUUUGUCUCCAGCCCUCACUCCCGAACCUGACGCAGGCUCGGCCGAACCUUCCCCUCACGCUCGGUCUGAACUUGGCUCUGGUGGAAGGUCGGAAGGGGAGGGAGAGGAUCUGGAGGGGGAGGGAGAUGGGAGAAGAGGGAGGAGGGAGUUUGGUGGGGGGGAGAGUGGUGGGGAGGAGGAGGAUGAGGAACGGAGGGAGCGAAGGAAGGACCUGGAAAAAGAGGAGGAAGGUGAGGAGGAUGAGGAGGAGGAAGAGGUUCGGGGUUCAGACAGGCGUUACGACUCGGAUCAGCGUUACGACUCCGACCAGCGUUACGACUCCGACAGACGUCACGAAUCGGGGAGACGUAACGACGACUCUGAAGGGCGUUACGACUCCGACAGACGUAACGACUCGGAGGAGGAUCGUUACGACUCGGAAGAAAGGUACAGGUCCGAUCAACGGUACAAGUCAGAGAAACAAUACGACUCUGAGCAACCUUAUGACUCGGAGAGACAAUACGAAUCUGAGACACAAGACGAGGCGGAUAGAAAUCGGGAGAGAAGGCGAGGAGAAGAUGAGGGAAGGCAUGGGGGAGAGGACGGUGGUUCUGGUGGGGAGGAUGAUGAUGAUAGGUAUGGGAGUGAGAGUGGGAGGCGUGAUGGUGAUGAGAGGGAUGAGCGUGAGAGAGAUAGGCGUGGUGGCAGGGAUGAGAAGGAUGAGGAGCAGGAUGGAUAUAGGCGAAGGGAAUAUGGCAGUGAUGCGUCUGACAGGAGUGAAAGGGAUGAGGAGGAGGAGGAGGAAGACAAGGAGGGAGGGAGGAGGUAUAGAGAGGAGACAGGCAGUGAGGGAAGUGAGAAAAGGUACACUGACGAGAAAGGGGAGGAGGGUGCGGAGGGAGAGAAGGGAGAGGGAGGAGAGGAGGGAGAGGAGAGAGAGGAGAGUGGCGAGGAACGAGAGGAAAGGAGGCGGAGGGAUGGAGAUGUGUCUGGAAGUGAGCUGUCACCUUCUGCUUCCACUGUGAGUGAUGCGGUUCCUGUUGCUGCCGUGGCUGCUGGUGCUGCUCUUGCCGGGGCUGCUGGGGCUGCUGCUGCUGUUGCUGGUGCUGCUGGUGUUGCUGGUGCGGCUGCUGGUGCUGGUGCUGCUGCUGCUGGUGUUGCUGGUGCUGCAGCUGGUUCGGAGGCUGCUGCUAGGGUGGGAACGGAAAGGGAUUCGGAUGGAGAGGAGGAGGAGGAGGAGGAGGAGGGAGAAGGGAAGCGGGAGGAGGAAGAGGAGGGGGAGCAGGAGGAGGAAGAGGAAGAGGAGGAAGGGACUGAGGGCAAGGAGGAAGUCAGGAAAGGGGACGAGCAGGAGAAGGACGGUGGGGAGGAGGCAAGGGAGAGCAGGAGACCCGCUAUGGAGCCGCUUCCAGAAGGGAAAGCUGUGCUUCUCUCAGGCUCACUUGCUGCUGGAAUGACAGGAGAGGUGGGUAGAAACGAGGAGGAGGAGGAGGAGGAGGAUAGUGACGAUGAUAGUGAUGAUGACGAUGCGCCCUUGGCGUUGGCUGCUGAUCCCAUAGCAGCUGAAGCCGUGGCGGAGGGACAGCGGCUCGGAAAGCGCGAGCGGAGGGAGCGGCGGGCGCGGCUGCGGCAGCAGGAGAUGGGCCAAGAGAGGUACGGUGGAGAGCGGUACGGAGGUCAUGAGAGCGAUUCCUCUGCUAUGGAAUGGCGGACGGAGGAGGAGGAGAGGAGGGCCAGAGGAGGGGUGGCAGCAGGGGUGCUGGUUCUAGGGGGGACGGUGGUGAAACUGACUGGAACCGGGGCAGGGGAUGAGCCCUUGACUUCAGAUGCGGGUGCUGGAGGGUUGGGAGCGGUUGGGGGUGGUAGAGGGGGGUUGGGCGCGGCAAUGAGGGCUGGAGUGCCGGUGGUUCCUGUGGUGGAUGAGGGGGGAGGGCCGGGGAUGGGUAUGGCGGGAGAAGAAUCAAGUCUCCCCUCUGGGUAUAACCUUGGCUCUGGUUUCCCAGACCGGGAGGAGUUAGAGUCUCCUGCUGUGGUGCUUGCAACCGGGAACAGCAGAGCAGGAGGGGGAGGAGGAGGAGGAAUGGAGGAGGAG